AUGGCUAAUACAUCUCAUCGCUUGAAUGACAGCAGCAGUGAAGAUGAUUUUGAUAUCGACGAGGGUUUCUUGUCAAGCCCUGACGAUGAAGCUAGUCCAUUCAACCUAGACGAAGAAGACCCUCUGCAACAACGAGAGGUGUUCGAUGGUAUCUUUCUUGCUCGCGAAGGCCAAGACAAUACCAGCCCUACAUGGGAGCAGACUCCCAUCUGUAACAUGCUUCUCUCUGCCUUUGAGAGAUUGUUUUGCAGGAAGGACAAAUCUAGCGCUGCAACCUCCUUACUGCGCCGCACCAACCUCUGUAUUGAUCCUCAGUUCACCUAUGCCUCUGACGACAGCAGGUUGCUGUGGGAUGCAUCUAGACAUUUCCUUGACUUCGUUCUUGUGGUCUCAGGCACCCUGGGCCUGGAUGCUUUCCUCCCCAAUACAAUUUCUGAUCACACAUUCACCUUCAGACCCAAGUUUGGGAAGCUCGGUUUUAACCCUACAGGCUCUAUGAUGGCAAUUGGCAAUGGCAGUGCCUGCAAGCUGUGGCUAGGAUUUUGCCCCCUUGCCAAUGUAGAGGACCUCUCCGUGGCUGAUGAGGCUCCCCUGCUCAAUGAAAAGAAGCAUGGCGACACACGACUGUCAUCCCGCCACUUUCGCAUGGCUGUGAUGUUCAUGGCCUAUGCAUUAGCAAAAAUACCUACCAUGCCUAUUCACUUAAUGCAUACAUAUGGUACUGAUGAGGACUUCUCUUCAUGGAAAAUCAAAGACAUUACGAAUCUUUACGCAACGCCCACUCUCACCCUUCGUCUCGAUGAUCUUAAGUCGCUUCACCAAAUCAUGGUCUCGGUGUGGGAUGCGUGGGUUGAAGAGGCGCCGCCUUCGUGGAAGGUCGAUGGUUGGCUGGAAUCUCAUGUCCCUCUCUCGGUAGCUUGUCGCUAUGGGCAGAACCAGCCCAUCACCAGUUUAGACCCCAAUGCGCGUAGUGUUGAAGAAAGGAAUUGGCAAGUUGAGCGGGAAUACUCCAAUAUUCGCUAUCUAUCUAUGGCCAUUGCAACAGAUCUUACCUGCAAACCAGUCCGUAGUUGGCAGGAGGUUCCAAAUGAGGAGAUUCUGGAAGCGCAUAAUAUUAUAUAUGAUUCUCCAGAUCCAAUAUUCCGACAACCUGCCAACCUGGAUGAUUUUCCAGCUCAAGAUCCCCGGACUCAGAAGGAGAACAACAUAUAUGAUGAAGAGGGUCAUCACAUUCCCUGUUUUCAUGGUAUAUGUAGCAACAACACCAAGCCUUGCGGCGUGCUAAUUAAUCUGGAGACUAUUACGGAGUUGUUCUCUACAUUCAUUCCCGACGAUGAUAACAUGGUGCUUGACCCAGAUAUCAUUUUUGAUGACGACAUUCGUACUCCUAUGGUCAACAUUCGCAAUGCUGUUUCGCGCUCGAGUCCCAAUCAAAAUCAGGAUCCAUUUGAUGGCCAGCCUGCGGAUGGUGAUGCAGACGAGUUCGAUCGCUUGCCCUCUGGAUCAUUACCCACUGUACUCUUCACUAGUGGUUCCCAGUUUUACAAUGAAAUCUCCCACCGCAUCAGACCAUCCGCUGACCUUCACGAUGUCCAGCAAGGGCGCAUCACAUUGGCCCUCUCAGGCGCUUACUCUCACGGUCACGGCCAAACCACGCACCGCAUUGUGAUGAGGGAAUGUAGGCUCAAUCUCCCUCACCAAUGCUAUGACAAUAAGAUCAAAGUCAACGAUAUUCCCCAGGCUUUGCGUCUAGAGAACAUCUACAUUUUUCAGCUGGAUUCCCUGAAGCACCAUAAGCGCAAUGGAGCCUCCAUAUAUAGAGAUAUGGUGGUGCCCUUAGCCAGCUCUUGGUCCCAUCCCGCCAUAUUUCAGGCCCUCCGCCCCCAUCUUCUUGUAUUGACUUCAGAGGUAUACCAGUGGACUACCUACCCCAUCACGUCCCUGUUAGAGCGUAUUUGGGAUCAUUUUUCCCCUCUUGUGGAGAGAGGUGUGAAACCUGCCCCUCAAGCCAUUGAACUCUGCUCCGUACUUGAGCGCGCUUUGGCUUACGCUCACACUGGAGAUACCAAGAGUCUGCUAGAACACGGCCUGCCUACCUUUUCUCCCUCUGUGCGCUUUGCUGCACCUCCUUCUAUUCCUGUUGCGAUCAGCCCUGCAGAUUGGCCAAUGCUCACCAGCAUGAAAGUCCUGGCCAUUGCCUCCAAGCGCUCUCAAAUUUUGACAUACGGCAAUGACCACUUUGAGGCUUACAAAGCCGAGUUUCAUAUAACGCUUUCUGUGAAUCAACUCUCCUCCAACGCCUUCCUUGGGUACCCUAGCAAUCUCCGCCAUGCUAUUAUCAUUGCAUUGGUCGCUCUCCAGGUGUAUAUCGCCGAUGUCAAGACCCUUGUCACUAAAGCUGUCACCGUCGCCUGCAGUGACAUGGAGGCAGAGGAUGGUGGCAAUGGGGAACUCCAUGCAGCAGGGCGACACAAAGGUCUCCACAAGUGGCUAGCCACUACUCAUCCUCUUGGCUAUGCUGAUAAAGGAUACAAAUAUUUGGUUUCAUGCAUGCAUGCUAAAUCUACAGAUCAUCAUGAAGGACUGCCCAACCCAACCAAUGUGAAGCUCUCUGUUCAUGAUUUUGCCCAGCUUAUCUGCAAUAUGUCUCGAAAGACCGACCCAGCCCCCGUGGCCGCUCCUCUCAUCUCCGGUGGUUGUUCUACCCCUGUCUUCCGCGUCGCCCUGGUUCAUAUGCGCAAGUAUGCCCCAAAGGACUCGCCAACGCAUGCCGACAAGUUCCUGCACGAUGCAUUCAUUGUCGCCGCCAACCACCUUCAUAUCAACAACGUUCCGUGGCAUCGUCCCGCAGGACCUCGAGGCAGACGGUCCAGAAAGCCUGUUUUUGACUCUUGGGUCAAUCUAGGGAAAGCCGUAGAUCUGCAGGCAAUCAAGUGCAACCACACCCAGUCAGGCAAUGCAGCAGCCGAAGCAUCCCAGCGAGCCCAGGCUGCUGACUCUAGGGCUGUGUGGUCCGCCGACUCUAUCACCCUGCAGUCACUACCGGAUUAUAUUCUUAGAUCCCGACUUCCUGAUGAGUUUUCCCUUGAGAGCAUCAACCUCGCGGACAACUCAUCCUCAGACGGUCAAGAGCCCAGCUCACAAGAGAUUUAUGAAUGGGUAUUUGCCAAUUUCAACAUCAAUAAACCACUGCAUCAAAUUGCCCUCAUAGCUGGCAUCUACGUCAGCCGGAUCAUCCCCGAUAUCUUCUGGGCCAACUCUGACAAGCCAAAAGCCCAUACCAUCGCUGAUCACAUCGCUCUCACAAAUGCCAUUCGUGCCCUCCCAUGGAAGCCCAACGCUAGCGGCCGUAAAGGCUGCAAACUACCCCAGCAAUUCAUCGCCAUGGUGCCUGCCUACAUCCUAGCGCCCUGGAAUGCAAAGAAUAGUGCUAAAUGGAUUGGUCCACUCCUUCUAGUGCGCUUAGGGCUUCUAAGAGCAGUGGCUGGCAGAGUCUGGAAGGGCGGCCCGCCUUUUGAAGAUUGGAAGCUGCUCUCUGCUGAGGCUGUAGCUGCAAAACAUUGGGAGAUCACGGCAUGUCUGGCAGAUCGCCAGUAUGGACCUUUCCGAUUGGGAGUCAUGUUCUUGGGCAUUGACAAAGCUACGUACACCAUCAAUCCUGCAAUCUCAUCCAUUAAGGCCAACAAACGUGCAUCAAAGGACAACUCUGAUAGCGAUGACGUAGAGAUCAUUGAAGUUCGUACGGCCAAACACCCCCGCUCGACAUGA